AUGUAUGAACCGAGUAGUAGAAAAAAGUUAUAUUUUACACCUACUACACAAAUAAGCUUAGAAAAGCGUAGUCAAGUCAACAUUGGAAUAUUUCAGCUUCGAGAAUGUCUAGAAGAUAAAACGAGAGCGACAGAAAAAUUGUCUCAAAGAAAAUUUUUCAGAUUGGAAGUGAGCUCAUCUAAACUUGUUUUAAGAGUGGAAGAUUUGACGAAAACGAUAAAGGAGAAAGAAAAUGAAUUGGGAGAUAUUCAUCAACGACUGCAUAAAGAAACUAUUGCAUUACAAACUUGUGUUACAGAAAAAAAUUUGCAGCAAAAAGAAAUAGGUGAAUUGAGAAAGCAACUCGAAGUUUUGGAAAAAGAAUUGUAUGCAACGAAAGUCCAUGCUAAUAAUGGUCACCGAGAAAAUAAGAAGAUGGAAAAGGACUGGGAAAUCGGGGACGCCAGAUGUUCCUUGUUACACAUAACAGAUCAUGCGAUUCAGAUAGAGCUAGCUGACAUAUUAGCGAAAUAUGAACAAUCCAUGCGUCAUAUUUCUGUGCUUGAAGAGAAAAUUUCUUUAUUGGAAGCGGAUAAACAACAGCUGACCAAUGUUCGCCAUGAGUUACAGGUAAGUAAUUAG